CGGCUGGGGUGGAACAGUCCUGUAAUGAGCAGAUUUUACAGAGGCAGCGACAGCAAGGCCUAAAAAAAAAAAAACAGCGGGGGGGGUUUGGAUGACUUGUUGGGUAUUUUGCAACAACAUUCCAGAUUUUGGGUGGGGGGUGAAAAAAAACUCUGGCACAGAGACGACAACGAGGGAAGGAGAGGAACAACCGCUGCACCUGCAUCCUCAUCCUCGACAUCCAUCCGAAGCUGAGCGGAGGAGAGGAGAGAGGGAGGAAGAGGAAGAGGAGCGCCGGGGAAGGUUUUCACAGGCUGGGUCUGUUUGCGUGGUGAUGGAUGAGCGUCUCUGAGACGGGAUCGCUAGUUUCCAGGCCAGAGCGAAGAGCUACAUCCUCCGUUUCGCCUCCUUUUCUCUCUCUCUCUCUCUCUCUGUGUGUCGGUGGGUUGGUUUAAUGGCGCACCAGCGCAGCGGCAGCAUCCCCGUCCUGUAUCCGGCUCGGUGCGGCAGGGAUGAGAGGAUGCUCUAAUGUCGGAGUGAGGUGAGCUGGGUUUGCUGCUGGUGAUCGGUGGGCCUGCGGGACUGCUGGAAAAGCCUAGGCCUCGCUUGUCUGGAGUGACUCGGCUGAGGAGCAGGAAGGUGGAGGAGGAAGUGGAGGAGGAGGAGGAGGAGGAGAGGCACUGGGAGCCCAGGGGGAAGAGGCGUCUCUCCAGAGCCACCGCCGAGGCGUGGAUUGCUUCUCUGUUUCACUCCUGCUGUUUUUUUUAGAAGGAGCACCUGGUGUUUUACAUCCUGAACUGAAAGGAGGCGAGGCGAGGCCCUGCACCUCCUGCUACCCGAUCCAAACAAGGCCUCCUCCCUCCGUGCUCCCUCUGAGUGAAGCUCCGCUUUAACUUUUCUUCACAUUCUAAGGAUUUUGCCUAAACCUGUUUCAUGCAUGUCCACUGGAGGCAGGUUUGACUUUGAUGAUGGGGGGUCGUACUGCGGGGGGUGGGAGCAGGGCAAGGCCCACGGCCGGGGGGUCUGCACGGGGCCCCAGGGUCAGGGCGAGUACGCGGGGGCCUGGAGCCACGGCUUCGAGGUCCUGGGCGUGUACACGUGGCCCAGCGGCAACAACUACCAGGGCACCUGGGCGCAGGGGAAGCGGCACGGCAUCGGCGUGGAGAGCAAAGGCCGCUGGGAGUACAGAGGGGAGUGGACCCAGGGCUUCAAGGGCCGCUACGGGCAGCUGGAGAGCACGGCCAGCGGGGCCCGCUACGAGGGGACGUGGAGCAACGGGCUGCAGGACGGAUACGGCACGGAGACCUACUCUGAUGGAGGGACCUAUCAGGGCCAGUGGCUGGCCGGGAUGCGUCAUGGGUACGGCGUACGGCAGAGCGUCCCGUACGGCAUGGCGGCCGUCAUCUUCUUCCCUCUCAGAACAUCCAUAAACUCCCUGCGCUCCGAGCACAGCCACGGGCCUCCGGCUGCACUGGAGGACGGGGUCGCCACCACGCCCACGGACGGGGUGGUCGCUGGGCUGGCGGGGAGUCCAGUGGGUCGAGGCGGGUUUGCUCUGAUGGCUCCUAGUGAAGCAGACCGGCAGAGGAAGAGGAAAGGUCGGUUCAGGCAGUCCAUCCUCAGUGGACUGAAGCUUCGGCGCUCCGAGUCCAAAAGCUCCCUGGCCAGCCAGCUCAGCAAGCAGAGCUCCUUCUGUAGCGAGGCCGGCAUGAGCACCGUCAGCUCUGCCGCCUCUGACAUCCACUCCAACGCCAGCGAGAGUGAGCAGGGUGCUCCGGUGGACGCCACUGUGACUGAAAUGUAUGCCGGAGAAUGGAGGAGCGAUCAGAGGGCUGGCUGGGGGGUGAGCCGGCGCUCCGACGGGCUGCACUAUGCAGGAGAGUGGGCAGGCAACAAGAGGCACGGGUAUGGAUGCACCACCUUCCCCGACGGCACCAAGGAGGAAGGGAAGUACAAGCAGAACAUGCUGGUGAGCGGCAAACGUAAAAACCUGAUCCCUCUGAGGGCCAGUAAGAUCAGAGAGAAGGUGGACCGAGCUGUCGAGGCUGCAGAGAAGGCUGCAGACAUCGCCAAGCAGAAAGCAGAGAUUGCAAUGUCACGGAUGAGCCACGCCCGUGGGAAGGCGGAGGCUGCUGAAAGGGUGGCACAGAAAGCGAUGGAGGAGUGCCGACUGGCCCGGAUAACUGCCAAAGAGCUCUCGCCCUCCUUUCAUAUAUACGGCAACGGGCUCGAAUGUCAGACGCUCAAACACCAAGACGCCAAGGACAAAGACCACGAGGUCAUCUCCACAGGAACGGACAGUCCGGAGCUGUGCACUCCUGACACCACGCCGCCUGUAAUAACACCUGAUCUGAGCCCCGUGCUGAGCGUCCCCACCUCUCCCCCUCGCAGCCCGCAGAAGCACGUCCACCGCCCCAGGAACGCCUGCUUCAUGCGGCAGAGCGCAGUGGACGAUCAGGGCGGGGCUGAAAUUCAGGUGUUGGUAGAGGGGCGCGGGAUGGACCUGCAGAGGCCGGCCGCCGACAGUUGGACUGACGACAUGUAUCCGGAGCGAGGAGGCAGCAGCCGCUCGACCACGCCCUCUCUGCUCGAAGAGCAGGAGACCCAAAUCAACGGCCACGAGCAAGCCCCUCUGUCCAAUCACAAUCCCCGGGAGAAACCCUUGCCCACUCAUAAAUCCCGGGAUUACAGGGCGUGGGAGCACUCCCUGCCCAACCAAAAGCCGCCCAAGCAUGCCAGCUCCAAUCACAAGUCCAGAGAGUACUCGUCCUCCAAUCACAAGACACGGGAUCAUUCCUCCGCCAAUCACAAAGCCUGUGAGCAUGCCUCUUCCAACUACAAGCCGCAGGUGCACAUUUUAUCCAAUCACAAAGCAUUUGAACACAACACAUCCAAUCACAAGACUUCUGAGCAUGCUUCUUCCAAUCACAAAUCCAGAGAUUAUAUCUCCUCCAAUCACCAUGCAAAGGACCACAUUUCUUCCAGCGUCAAUGCUCGAGAGCACGUCUACUCCAACCACCAUCAGAAGCAGCACAACUCCUCCAACCACAAGCUGACUGAGCAUGCUGUCGUCGACCAAAGGCUGGACGGCCUGCCUGGGGGGUGGACUGCUGAAAGCACCCUCAGGUGGAGCCCCGCCCACUCUCGCCUCACUGAGCAGGACGAGGAGAGGAUGAACGACUACACGGUCGACAUGCGGCUGCACUGUCCGGAUUCUCAGACGACGGCGGGACUGGGCCAGGAGUCCCCGGCUCCGAAGAACAACCGUCUGCGAUCGCGGGGCCUUCGGCCGGUGCGGGAGGGAUCCACAGACUCUGUACAGAUGCUGGACAACCUGAAUGUGGGGCCAGAGGUGGAGGAGUGGCCGCUGCACAGGGACCUCACCCUCUCCCCUCCCUUAAAAUCUCAGCCCAUCACUCUGGAGCAGGAAGGAGAGCAUCUCACCAUCAAAUCAAACUCAGGCUCCAGCUCUGUUCUGGUGGUUAUGGUCAUUUUACUCAAUAUUGGAGUAGCCAUUCUUUUCAUCCACUUCUUUAUUUAAACAUUAUGCAGUUAUAAUCUACUAAGACUCAUUGAUAACUAUAGUAUAUUAUAUUAUUACUAACUGAGACGGACGUCCUGCGUGUUGGACCACAAGGAUUGGACACAGCAGAGCCUUUCUAUCGUUGCUACAGGUCUUUCCCCCUUCUGUUGAAGCCCUUUUCGGUUCCCUCCUUCCUUUUCAGACGCUUGUUUUGAGCUUGCAAACACGAGGAGGAAGAAGCUUUUUGAGUCCAGAGAGCAGCUUUAAUUGGGACACGCGUGCAUGGGUGUCCAUCACCGACAGACAGAAGGUGGCGCCAGUCUACACAAGAAUAUAGCAACCCUUGUUUCCCGGUUACCAUGAGGAUCAUGCUAACCCAGAGCACGGCUCCCUCUCCAUCCUGUCACCCUUUCCCCUCCCCAGCCUCCGUCGGCACUAUGCGCUACGUACGAAACUAUGCUGCAAGAGUAGAUCCAUUUUAAAGGGCUCUGUCAUCAUCCUGUUCUUUUCCUUCCGACACAAACACACACAACCAUUGCAUGAGGCUGUGUACGGUUUUGAAGAAGUGCGUUCUUUCUAUCCCUUUAAUCGACUCAGUUUCCGCCCCCCCACCCCCCACCCCCACAUCCGUCACCUCCACCAUCAGCGCAGAAUCGGACCAGAUUCGCGUUUGAUUCCUGGAAUCAGACGCCGGCACACGCCAAAUUCACCGAUAAAUGGGUGGCAUUCAUACGUCCAAACGCGCACACACAUCAGCACGCAGAGAAUAAAACACAUAAAGUAACCGUGGAGGUUUCAGCCUCACCCCCCCUUCCCCCCCUUUGUACAGCCUGGAGACUGUUAUGUUAUAACCACUAAUUCUAAUAUAUAUGUCGAUGUGUCAUUAUUAUCCGACUUUGUUACUUUUUGCAGUUUGCAAGACAGAGAGAAUGCUGAGUGCCUCGUAUUUAUUCAUUUCCCCUCUGAAAUGUUAAUUUCUAACCCGUGAUUUAAGAAAAAGAAAAAAACACUAAAUGUGGGCGGGGCUAAGAGGAGACUUGACCCUGACCUCCACCUGCCCUCUUUAUCCUGAAAUGGCAUGCACUGUUUUGUCUCUCUCUCGUCGCCGCCCCCCCCCCCCCCCCUCUUUGUGGACCAGUCACAUUGUGUCAUUUUCAGACACAUUCUGGGCCGGGUAAGUUUUUUAUGUAUUUAUUUUAAUUCUAUAUUCAUUUAUUUUUCUUCCAGCAUGUUUGUUUAGCCUGCUCAAUCUGGUGUCGGUCUGUGAGCCCCUCCCCCCUCCGUCGAGGCGGGGCGGGGCAGGGCGGGGCGCAGAGGGCGGUGUAAAAUAAACGCUAGCUUUUACCUCUCAGCGGGUACCGAGACGUCCCCGAGUUUCUGAAUGAUACGAAGAACAAACUUUCUGCUACUGUAUGUUUUAUACUUCGCACCCGGUGGCAUCAUCAUGUUGUGACAUCAUUGCAUGCCCGAGCAUGCUCUUUCUUACUCUUUGGUUUAUGAGGUUGUUUCAAAGUCAACGUGGAGAAAAUAAUAUAAUGUUUGAAAUGAA